GCAAAGCACCAUCAAUAAACUGAGAGGACUGCGCUGAUUUGGAGGAGCAACGGCGCGCUGUGUGGUACGCUUUUUGGCGUGCAUGGACCGGACUUCUGUGAACUUUUCUCUCCUUCCUGAAUUUAUCGACUACAUCCCAAAAUACCUUCGUUUAAUUUGACAGCUGUGCACACAAUGGCAGAGGUCGUGAGUGUUCUGGGGACGCUCGGCUUGGAUUUACAAAGCACUCUCUCUUCGGUGGGGACUAUGCCCGUAACAGAGUCCCCCAUAGGGCUGAAUGAGCGACUGGGGCAGAUUGAAGGCAGAGUGCAGCGCGGGUCGCCCACAGAUUUCGGCCACCUCAAAGGGAUCUUGAGGCGGCGGCAGCUCUACUGCAGGACCGGCUUUCAGCUAGAGAUAUUCCCCAAUGGCACAGUGCACGGGACAAGACAGGACCACAGCAGGUUUGGUAUCCUGGAGUUCAUAAGUAUAGCAGUAGGUCUGGUGAGCAUCAGAGGGGUGGACGCUGGACUCUACCUCGGCAUGAAUGAGAAAGGAGAGCUCUAUGGGUCGAAGAAGCUGACAAAAGAAUGUGUGUUCAGGGAGCAGUUUGAGGAGAACUGGUACAACACCUACGCUUCAACUCGGUACAGGCACACGGACACGGGGCGCUUCUACUAUGUGGCUUUAAACAAAGAUGGUUCGCCCAGGGAGGGCGGCAGGACUAAAAAACACCAGAAGCUCACCCACUUCUUACCCAGACCAGUGGAGAUUGAAAAGAUCCCUCAGGAAUUCAGGGAUUUAUUCCAGUACAGGUGACCAGUGCUUACACUGGGAGAGCUGGUUGUUUCUGAAGGA